AUGGAAUCAAUGAUCCUCCAAGAAGGAAGCUUUGAGCCCUACUCUCCUGGAGUCAUCGAUCUUGAAGAGUUCCUCGACAUUGAGCGCCUCUGUGCGGGAACUUCAAAACCCUCACAGUCAGCCCAACCUCUUACACCUAUAAACGAGAUCCCUAUCCCUGCUGCCACUAGCGAACAGCAAUGUUCCGAAAAGAAGAUACCAGACGAUACACAAGGCGGCUAUAAGAAGAAUCGAUCCUUUAAUCAGCCAAGGCGUAAAGGAAUUCGUUCAACUGUCUCAGUCCCUGAAUACUCCGUCAUAUGUUUCCCCUCUAACCCCACUAAACCAGAUGGUAUCAAGAAGAAGAGAAAGGACUUUGAUGAAAAAAGGAGGCUUGAAGUUGCACGAGUCCGGAAAACUGGUGCUUGCUUCAGAUGCAAAGUUCGAAGAAUAUCUGUAUGUCUCAUCACGUAUGUCUGGGCACGUACAUACAGAAGUUGA